UCGACACCUCACCUACUCACCUAUUGACUGUCAGUAGUAGUGAAGUGUUGUUGAACAAUGUCCUCUUUGGCUUGGAGAAAGUUGGCUGCGGCGCCCACGCUCGCGCGUGCCGCCAGCAGAGUCCAGAACAGAGCCUUUUCCUCGACAAGGCCGGCCGCCCGCGUCAUCGCUCCCGGUCCUCUCCGUGCUAAGGAGGCUUCUCCCCAUCUCAGCAGCAAGUACCAUGUCAUCGACCACGAGUACGAUGCCAUCGUUGUCGGUGCCGGCGGUGCCGGUCUCCGUGCCGCUUUCGGUCUCGCCGAGGCCGGCUUCAACACCGCCUGCAUUUCCAAGCUCUUCCCCACCAGAUCUCACACCGUCGCUGCCCAGGGUGGUAUCAACGCUGCGCUCGGCAACAUGCACGAGGAUGACUGGAGGUGGCACAUGUACGACACCGUCAAGGGCUCCGACUGGCUCGGUGACCAGGAUGCUAUUCACUACAUGACCCGCGAGGCUCCCGCCUCCAUUGUCGAGCUCGAGAACUACGGCUGCCCCUUCUCCCGUACCGAGGACGGCAAGAUCUACCAGCGUGCUUUCGGUGGUCAGUCCAAGGAGUUCGGCAAGGGUGGCCAGGCCUACCGCUGCUGCGCUGCUGCCGAUCGUACCGGCCACGCUCUUCUCCACACCCUCUACGGCCAGUCUCUCCGCCACAACACCAACUACUUCAUCGAGUACUUCGCCGUCGACCUGAUCAUGCAGGAUGGCGAGUGCCGUGGUGUCCUCGCCUACAACCAGGAGGACGGCACCCUCCACCGUUUCCUCGCCAACAACACCGUCCUCGCCACCGGUGGAUACGGACGCGCCUACUUCUCCUGCACUUCCGCCCACACCUGCACCGGUGACGGUUCCGCCAUGGUUGCCCGUGCCGGUCUCCCUAACCAGGAUCUCGAGUUCGUCCAGUUCCACCCUACCGGUAUCUACGGCGCCGGCUGCUUGAUCACCGAGGGUGCUCGUGGUGAGGGUGGUUACCUCCUCAACUCUGAGGGUGAGCGUUUCAUGGAGCGUUAUGCCCCUACCGCCAAGGAUCUCGCCUCCCGUGAUGUCGUUUCCCGCUCCAUGACCAUGGAGAUCCGCGAGGGCCGUGGUGUCGGCCCCGAGAAGGACCACAUCUACCUCCAGCUCAGCCAUCUCCCCGCCGAGAUUCUCGCCGAGCGUCUCCCCGGUAUCUCUGAGACCGCCGGUAUCUUCGCUGGUGUCGAUGUCCGCAAGCAGCCCAUCCCCGUCCUCCCCACCGUUCACUACAACAUGGGUGGUAUCCCCACUCGCUACACUGGUGAGGUUCUUACCGUCGAUGAGCAGGGCAACGACAAGGUUGUCCCUGGUCUCUUCGCUUGCGGUGAGGCUGCUUCCGUCUCUGUCCACGGUGCUAACCGCCUUGGUGCCAACUCUCUUCUCGACUUGGUCGUCUUCGGCCGUGCCGUCUCCCACACCAUCCGUGACAAGUUCACUCCUGGCUCUAAGCUGAAGCCCAUUGAGGCCGAUGCCGGUUCCGAGUCCAUCGAGGUCCUCGACAAGAUCCGCACUUCCGACGGCCCCAAGAGCACCGCCGAGAUCCGCCUCGCCAUGCAGAAGACCAUGCAGCGCGACGUCUCCGUCUUCCGUACCCAGGAGUCCCUUGACGAGGGUGUUGAGAAGAUCACCCAGGUCGACCAGAUGUUCGACCAGGUCGGCAUCAAGGACCGCUCCAUGAUCUGGAACUCUGAUCUCGUCGAGACCCUUGAGCUCCGCAACUUGCUCACUUGCGCCACCCAGACCGCCGUCUCCGCCGCCAACCGCAAGGAAUCUCGUGGUGCCCACGCCCGUGAGGAUUACCCCGAGCGUGACGACAAGAACUGGAUGAAGCAUACCCUCUCUUGGCAGAAGCAGCCCCACGGCAAGAUCGAGCUCGGUUACCGCCGUGUCAUUGACACUACCCUUGACGAGAAGGAGUGCCCUCCUGUUCCUCCUUUCAAGCGUGUCUACUAAAGAACUCAACGACUGCGCGAUUUAUGAUACGAAUUCGAUAAUGGAGUCGUGUUUUAUCCGCUGAAGAAAAAACGUUCUUCAUAAGUUAUAACCUCAUAUGGUGCCAUUGUCGGAGUCGGUCCGGUCGGUCGAUGUUUUUAUAUGAUCACAGGUGGUGGUGCAACAUACGAAAUUAUCAACAAAAGACGUUGACAAAUUCGCCAAAAAGCUCUCCUGAUACUUCGCUAAAUGGGGUGCGAUAUCAAUGGAGCCCUUGGCUGAGUUGGUAGGCGCGGUUGGUUUCUUGCUACGUGCUUUGCGUGCGUCCAUUGUACAGGUUUUUGGGAGAGAAAGAAGCAUACAUGAAUAUUGCAUAUAACCCGGGAUGGAAGGGAAGAUAGGGAACGACAAGCGAGGGUUGGAAAAGAAGAACAACCGAAUCAGGGGUCCUAAAUCGGGUGGUCAGGCCUCAACGGUUGGACGAAUACCCUAAAUUUUGCUCUCGACCAACUUUGGAUUAUGGUUGUCAUACCUUAGACGCAGUCGAGAGAGAGAGACAGAGAGGGGUGGAAAGAUCGAAAGAAAGGAGGAAAGAAGGGUGAUCGAAAGGAUUGCAUGUGGAUGUAAGCAAGCUUAAAUACUGUAGUCUUGUUUAUAGCUUUAACGGACUUUUUUUUUCUUCGCGACG